GUUAAUGGAAUGAAUAUCCGACAGAAUGAGCUGCGACUGACUGUCGAACUUCGUCAGGUGACCGACGCCGUUGAAUGCAUCUUCCACUCGUUGCUCCUUCACAGAACACUUGGAAGGUUCCAAUACAACGAUGAGAAGACGUUCUCGAUGGGAUCGAUCGGUAUCAAGGAAGUCAGUUGUGAGCAGAUUGAUAUGACUUAUGUUCGCGUGAACUCUACGGAGCUGGCGAUGUGCGUCGACGAGGACAUUCGUCAAUUCAAAUGUGAAGUGGAAGAAGCCACGUGCUCUGGCUCGAUACCACGUCGCACGCCGACAGUCGGAAGUCCGACAGACAGUGCGAUUCCACUUUUGUCCGCACAAAUCGGACUCCAAUUUUAUACAAAAUCCAAAAAGCCCAACUCUGUCAUUGGAACAGCCGUCACGUGGUUCGGAGGUGCGGCGGCAACUGCUACCGGCGCCACGGUCGCCGACGAUGGAACGUCAUGGGAAGAAUGGAAGCUUAUCUUGGACGUUUUCCGUGUCGAAUCGAUAGAUGAGCUUCAAAAAAUGCGUCAACGCGUCGCUGACGAUAUUGGCGAAAAAGUGCUGGAUAUUUGCGAGCACAUUAAUCACAAUCACUAUACGCCGAAAAUGCCGACGAAAACCGAGAUUCCCGAGAUUUUCGAGACGAAAUUCUCGGAUUGCCAACCGUAUUUGUUCAAGAUUCGACGACAGGCUGUUCCACAAAUGGAGCACAAACAAUCGCUGGCUCAAGUGGCACUAUCGCGUUGGAAAGAUAUCCUUGCUGUCUAAAAAAAAUCUGCCUCCUCCCGAAAUUACUCAUUUUUUGUCCAAAUUUUCCAACUUGUUUUAGGUUUUUGCGAUUUUCUCCGAGCUUCCUCACCCCAAAAUUUUUCCGCCCACGCCUCCCAUUCCUUGUGUGUAUUUUUUGUACAUUCUUCCAAUCUUCUCUAAAAAAUAUGUGUAAAAAUUUGAAAUUUUUUUGUAAAAAAUCCCAGUUUCUUUCUGUAAAAUCUAGUUUUUUUUUUGGAUUCUUCUCCAUUUUUUUCAUUGUUCUCUGUGCAUUUUACUCAAUUUUUUCACUUUUUUUUUCAUCACCAAAUUGAUUUUUUUGUCUACUUUUUUUCCUUUUCUCCGCAUUUACCUUACAAAAACCUCUUCCCUUAGGGGAAUUCCACCACUGAAAUUACCUCUUUUCUGCCUGAAAAAUUGGAAGAAAAUUUUCGAUUUUUUCGUUUACGGGACCCCUCGCACUCUCUUCACUCUUCACACUAUUUCCCAAAAUUUUCCCAAAAAAAAAAAAAAUUUUCUCUGAUAAGCCACCCACUUCCCUCCAAUUUUUUUCCAUUUGUGUUGAUUUUUUAAUGAUUAAAAAAUGUUUU